UCUACUCCACCACACCAAUUACUCUCCCUCCUCCACCUCCACCUCGUACUCCACCAGCUCCCCCUCCAAGCACAAGCCAAGAUGACGACGGUGGAGUCCUCGCUCUCGCUCAGCCUCGACCGCCUGGCCCAGGCUGCCGCUCGACCCGCCGAGAACGUGGAGGCGCUGAAGACCAUCGUGGCGAGGGUGCACUCGAGGCUCAAGGUCCAAGAAAACGGCGGAAAUGGCCCCACAUGUCUCAAGAAUGCCAGGGAGAAGAAGAAUCUGGUAGACAUGUUGUUUUACAAAGGGAAAUGUAACAAGAUCUGCCAGGAUUACAUCGCGACCUGUAAUCAGAAAGAUCAGUUGUUCAUCUUGAAAAGAAAUUCUGAUGUGCAUACCCGGAUGGACACGCUCAGUUGCCUAGUGUCGUCAGAGAAGAUGGCGCUGGAUUAUCUCGUGAGGGUGAUCGAGCACUGUCGCGAUCCUCCUCUUGUGGGAUCGGUGUGCGCGCUCCUCCACGACGCUUUGUCUCCCAGCAAUAAAGGCGACCUCCGCAACACGGUCAUCCAGACGUGUCUCUCCCUGAACGCGGCCGAGGUGAUACUGAGGACGCUGAAGGCCCUGUCGGCGGAGGGCCUCGCCGUCAUCGACCCCUGCAUCCACCCCGCCUACCAGGUGCUCGCCAAGCUGGCCUCCAAAGACCCCAAAUUAGCUGUGAAGGCGAGACUGGUCGGGGGAGUGAAGUUAACGCACCAGCUGCUACAAGCCCACAUGAAGAAUUGCGUUCCUCUUCUUCCGUUGUUGAUGGUCACCAAGUACCUUGCUAAGAAUUCAACAAACCAAGUGAUGCUAGGCAAGGAUGGGUGUGUGGCGACCCUAGUGUCCAUCCUCAGCUCGGUGCCGAAGACCCACUGGGCGAAGAUCAAGUUCAUCAUGGAAACCCUGGCGCUUCUAACAAAAGCUAAGAGCAAUGUGAUUCGGCUGGUGAGAGAAACGGGACUGCAGCGUGUUCUCUCCAUCCUGGACGCGUGGGAGAAGAUUGAGCGCCGGCACCAGGUUAAGGUCAUCAAGGGAAUACUUGGCACUUUAUCGCACAUGUGUGAUUCCAAACAUGGUCGAAAAGCUGUGGUGGCACUUAAUGGUGUUGAGAUCACACAGCGUUUCAUACAGUCCUGUCCAGCAGACAAGAAGUUUGACAAUAACCUCGCAAAUGCCACCAACGUUUUCCUGAAGUGUAUCAGCAAAGGAGAACUACCAGUGUCUUCCAGCUGGGGGGCAUUCACCUUCCAAGUGCCAAAUAGGGAGGGAUCGGAAACAAGUUCAGACAGGUCCCGAGAAGCAACUCCAGGCGUAGAUGUGGAUUCUUCAGACGAAGAGGCAGAAGAGGAAAUUGAGGAUGAAGAAGAGGACUUUGAACUUUCUCAGGACUUCAAAGGAAUAGAUUUAGCCUCGGAUUAUUGCCCACAGAAGCCGAGAAUGGAGGAACUGGUGAAAUUAGCCCACUUGUUCCCUGAGCUUUUCAACUUCCGUAUUGCUAGUGGUACAAGGUUUAAGGAAGUCGCAGUUCCAAUCAGAAGAGGUGCCCUUAAUGAUGUAAUCCCAGAGAGCCACAAUGAGCGUUACAUCAGAGCCUCAGACUGCACGCGGAGUAUUAUUAACUUUGUCAAAGUGGCCUAUCCUGACAUGGUUGGUGCUCGUGGCCCAAGUCACUUAGAGGAGCUCUAUGAGAAGGACAGAAGAGUGUGCAGGCAAGUUUUGAAAUCUCUGGGCAACUGGGAUGAGAAACGUGGUUGGCAAAACGUGACGCGCUUACAGUACCUAGCACUUGAAAUUUUUGAAUCACGAGGCAUGAAGCGUUUCGUGGUCGUUCGUGGUCUACUCCUCGAGAGUGGCUUUAUGAACGCUGGAGUCAUGACGUGCUCCUAA